AUGUCCUCCACGCAACCUUCCAGUGCUAUCCCACGGCGUCCAAAUCUCCUUGCCAUUCAAGGAGGCCCAUCGUUACCUGCACCUUUGCCGCCCACACCUCCUUCGUGCUCAUUCCCAAAGGACAGAAAUUAUUUCUACUUAAAGGAGGUAGACUGGAUCCUCUUUUCAGCCAUGCAAACUGUUGCUGCCACCCCAAAUGACUUGGAACUAAAAUACACAGGCCCACUCUUCCAGCGCCUCACCACCAUCCAGAUUGUCGGUUCUGGCACUUCACACACUGUCUGCUGGACAAAAAGCCAGCUGGAAAUGGCUGGAAGACACACUACACCACUGUUAACACCAUGCACAAAGGGUAGGACUGAUUCCAAGGGGCUUGGCUUUAGCUCAAUGAAGUCCAAAGGACUUCCGGAUGAGCAUGGGAAACUUCAGAAGGACCAUCCAGCCGAGUGCGAGAAACUUCUGGAGGAGUGUGGGAAAGUUCCAGAGGAACUUCUGGAAAUUACUAUGAGGAAAGUUCCAGAGGAACUUCCAGAAACUCGUAGGAAUGGAGGAGCGGAGGAGCAGAGCUCCGGCCUAGGGAAUUCCUCCCUAGGCCUGAGAUGGAUAUUGACUAAGUUGGAGGACUAG